UCACAUCCAGUCUGGCGCGUUAUUGAAAGAGCCGGAUUCCGCGAAGAAAUAUGAAACUUAGCUUUAUUUUCGGAACAGUUCUGAAAAUAUCCGUGUAACCGUUUUAGAUUUUGUGUUUGUAUAUCCGCGUCUGACACCCCGGGAAAUGUUUGUAACACUUGUUGGGUCUGUGGGGAGCUUUGAGACUAGCAUCUAAGCUGCGAAGGCAGUUACUAGCUUGUUCUUAUUUUACAGUAACGUAUUUUUUCUGGCACCAAACAGGCACGCAAUGUUUUUUUUGCUUUAGUUGUGCUAUGGUUCAAACGAAAAAGUGAAUGACACAGUGUAACAGCAAGUUCCGGUUCUGCUUCAUCGGUCUUGUCAGAUGAUGGCUGGUGUUGUGGCUAUGCCUUCUGUCAUUGAGGACUUUGACAGCCAGCCUUGCAAGAAAUCUCGCAAAGAUGGUGGCAGUCCUGUUGUCAAGACAAUCACCAACUAUUUCCCUCCUGUGCCUAAGCCUGUGGAGAAACCCUUCUCUCCUCCACGUUCCAGUAACAUCAUGGACUACUUUAGCAAGAGGGCUCCAUCCUGUAAAGACAAAACGAGCUCACCAGAGCAAGGUAAAGAAGAAGCGAGGCCUCACUUUGCAGAAAAACACGCCAGCCCAGAGCCAGUGAAACAGCUGUCACAGAAACGGGGUCGGAAAACCAGCAAAGCUGCAAGGAAACUUGCCGGGGCUGAAAUUGUUAAUUCCACAGAGGAAGCAAGUUGUGUGGUUGUACAAGAAUCACAUGAAAGCAAAGACCCUGCUGCAGGUGCAUCCAAAACUUCUGGAGUCCUUGGCAGUGAUACAGCAGCCCUGCUGGCCCAGCUUAGUGCUGAGGCUUGCAUUCCUGCAGAAACAUCAGAGACAAAUGCCACUAUUAUUGUCACUGAUGAGCAGGCUGAGAAAGCCGAAUGUGUUGAACUUAAAACAGCGCUAAAUGCUAUCGAGUUAUCUCCGAUUGUACCUUCAAAGGAUGAAGCAAAACAGGUCAAAACUGCAGCACAAAAUACCAGGAAGAGGCAGCAACAGGAGGCAAAGCAGUCAGAGCCAGAGGAGAAAGAAACGGAAAUGGAGCACUCCAUCGGUGACAAAAGCAUGGAGGUCAGUCUGGAUGAGUCCUCUCAGUUAAACAACAGCACAGUGAGAAUCUCCUUUGAGGAUUUUUUACGGAGUCAGAGUCAGGAUGAGACUGAAGAGGACAGAGAAGAUAAAAUAACAAAAGAGACAGAUGAGCUGGAAAUCUCCAAACCAGAAGAGGAGCUGCAAUCCCAGGUUUCACCCCGAACUGUCACCAUCCAGGCUGAAGUACACAUUUCACCCAAACAAGAAGCACCCAAGGCAGUGAGAAAGUUAGCCUCCAUCUUCAACCGGAAAAAAGGAGCAUGCAGGCCUGGAGAGGGAGUUUCUCCUCACACAGAGGCUGGACACCAGCUUCCUUCUCUGACUGCCAAACGGAAAUCCAACGUGGUUCUUCAGGAAGAGGAUCUGGAGCUGGCAGUGCUCGAGAGCGAAUCUACUCCCAAGUGCAGUGAAGCUGAGAAGAAGCAAUUCAUGGCCGCAUUCAAGCAGGCCGGUGUGGAUGCCAAACCUAUCAAGAGCCAAGGCAAGCAGAAGCAACCAGGAGAGAAAAAUCUGGAUGCUGCUGAUAAAGUUGCUGAAGCUGACACUGAAAAUCUGCCCUCUGUUGAACAAACCUCUCAGUCCUCUCAAGGAAACAAAGACACUAAGAAAAAAACAACAAGAAAAGGAGGAAAGAAAGCUAAAGAGGAAAAGGAGGCUGUGAGCACGUCUCCUGCUGCUGCUGCUGCUGCUGCUCCUGCUGAGGAAGAAACUGCAGCCACGACCGUUGAGGUUGAAGAGAAAAGGCCAGAGUCUCCCAUCACCACAGCUCCCUCCAUCCCAGCUGUGAGACGAUCCAGACGAGAGGCUGUAGUCCGGAAAGUGCUUGAAACCACCUCAACAACACCUGUCAGAAAAACCAGGAAGCAAACCGAGUCAAAGGAUGCUGAUGUUACUGCUUUACCUCAGCCUGAGGACAGCCCUGUGAAGAUGUCCACCCCAAAGACGCGCAAGUCCAAAUAUGGUGUCUUCCAAGCAGAGAUGAUGUGCCUGCCUGAUGAAAAAGAGAGUCCAAUCAGGAUGAAAUUCACUCGAUCCUGUAAAAAUGUUUCCACGUCCAAGGCUGAAGGGGGAAGUGGCACAAACGCAUCUUUGACUACUAAAAUAUCAAGUGAGUCUAAGAAGAGAGAACAGGCUAAGAAGUUGGUGCAAAAAGCCAAAGUGAUUCAGCAGAAUAAAAAAACUGUGGAGGAGAAGAGCACCCUAAGGCGUUCAUCUCGAACUUCCAUCAAGAGGAGCUACUGUGAAGAUGAGGAUUCUGUCAUCUGCAUGGAGGACCUGACCGCCUCUCCUCUCAAAGACGCAGAGAAGACUACAACCCAGAAGCCUCUGCGCAGUCUGAAUGAUGUUUUGGGCAAAGCCAUCCCACCUGGCAAAGAGACCAAAGCCACCUCAGGCUCCAAAGUGGGCUCACAGGGUCAAGAGAAGACCGCUCGGAAGGUGUCAGCUGUAAUUUCCAUCUUUGACGACAACAGCCGGGAUGGCUCUGAAAACUCGCAGGAUGACGAGCAGUUCAGGGCACGCAGAGAGUUCCUGAAGAGCGGUUUGCCUGAAUCCUUUAAAAAACAGAUAGCCAAGACUGCUGCCACAAAGGAGGCGUACUCUGCCUCCUGUUCCUCCUUUCAGCCAGUGACACACACAGUGCAACCACCCAAUGAUUGCUCUCUCUGGAGUCUGCCGUGGCCCAAGUCUUCAUUACUGUGUCAGCUAAAAGAGCUUUGGAGCCACACAUCCAGCAGUCUUCCAUCAGUCAGUGGCUCACUUUGUGUGAAGACAGCACCAGCCUGUAGGAGCUUUUAUAAAAGGGGUUCAGGCUGGAGACCGGAGAUCUCUGAAAGUGUUCGUCAGCUUCUAGUGGAGGAGUUCAACACUUCCAACCCUGAGUUUCCUGCACAGAUGUUCAUCAGUCGCUUCCUGAAGAAACGCGCUGACCAUCAGAAGCAGUUUAUACACUUAGAACAAGAAGCUGUGACCAGAGUCGCAAGCAUCCCAAAGCCAGCUGAACCAGCAGGAGGGAAGAGGAAAAGGAUGAAUGAGGAAGGAGCGAAUACAGCGAAGGUGGCUAAGAAGCGGCGAUCCAACCAUUCAGAAGCGAGCAUCUCCACAGCAGAGCCAGAGGCAACAAAGCGCGGAGGCCGUACAAGACGAUCUCAGAGAUGCAGGCGAAAAGAGGAGGAGGAGGAAACCAAGCCUUCACUCCAAGCUGCUCCAAUCCCCCAAGAAGAUGACAGUGUGUGCAUAAUAGAUGACUUGCUUUCCAGAGAGGACACUGGGAAAAAAGAUGUGGUGAAGGAGGACGUGUUGUGGACAGAUAAAUAUCUGCCGCAGCACUCCAGUGACAUCAUAGGCAACACCUCCUCAGUGAGGAGGCUGCACAGUUGGCUAAAGGAAUGGAAACUGCGUGCAGAUCGAGAAGAAAGAAAAAAGCAGAAAGACAAGAAAGGAGAGGAUGGAAGCUGUGAGUCAGACUGGGACUGCGGAGAGGAUGAAUCCCAGGAUGGAGAGGACAUGUUGUGUAAUACAGUGCUGAUCACAGGACCCACUGGAGUAGGAAAGACUGCUGCAGUGUAUGCUUGUGCGCAGGAGCUGGGCUUCAAGGUGUUUGAGGUGAAUGCUUCAUCUCAGCGAAGUGGCCGGCUUAUUCUGUCCCAGCUGAAAGAAGCCACUCAGUCGCAUCAGGUGGAUAGUCAGGGGGUCAAUGCCCACAAACCCACCUACUUCAACAGCUAUGGCAUGAGCAACAGUGUUGGCUCUGUCAGGCCUGGAUCUUCUCCAAGAAAGGUGAACUCUCCUCGCAGGGUGGUGUCUUCCCCCAGGAAACCCCAGUCACCCAGAGGUGCCAAAAAAGGAGGCCUGACUCCAGUCUCUUUAGCUAAAUUCUUUAAAACAGGGGUAUCCACCACCAAGGAGCCACAAAACACUACAAAAGCUGCUUCCAAGAAAGUCGUAAGAGCAACCGAGGGUGCACAUAAAGACCUUUCAGUGAAAACGCCGCCAUCUGCCACCUCCAAAGAGAAGAGCAGCGAAGAACAGAGCAAGAAGACGGCAACAUCACUCAUCCUGUUUGAAGAAGUGGAUGUUAUUUUUGAUGAUGACUCAGGAUUUCUAGCUGCCAUCAAGACAUUCAUGACGACGACUAAGAGGCCAGUCAUCCUCACGACCAGCGAUCCUGCUUUCAGCAACAUGUUUGAUGGAAGCUUUGAAGAGAUCCAUUUCAAGGCGCCGUCUGUGUCUGUUGUGAGCAGCUACCUGCAGCUGCUGUGUCUGGCUGAGGACAUGAGGACAGAUCCCGCAGACGUCACGUCUCUGCUCAAACUCAAUGGCUGCGACAUCAGGCAGAGUCUACUGCAGCUUCAGUUCUGGACUCGCAGUGCAGGCGGCCGCCACGUGGCAAGGCCGUUGGUGCAGACGAGCAAAAAUGAAGCUGAACUAAAGUCAGAACCUGAAGAGGCAGCAGACACAUCUGUGACUGUCUCCUCCACCCUGCCUCCCUGUGACACUGGUUGCACUGAGAGCAAGCUGGGCCUGCUGAAUAACAAACCACAGAGAGACAUUUGGGAGCUGCUCAAGGGCCAGAGUCUGGUGGAGGAGCCGGUUUGCUGGGAGCUGCUGAUGGACAGCAAACGACAAGGAGUCGACCUGCUCUACACAAACAUGGAGACCCUUUUACCUCUACCUCUCACACAUCUGACUACCUCUACCCGCAACCCAGAGCAGUGCAUUACCGUAUCGCAAGACCAACCUUCUGCCCCUCCAAAAGAGCAACCAUCAUCCAUGCUGCCAUCAGAUUCCAGGCUAUCAGCAGAGUCAGAUGUUUGUUCAGACGGUGGCAGUCCGGUCAAAGUGUCCAACAGAAUGAGGGAGAACAAGAGGAGACACCAUCGACCUGACCAGGCUGCACUUGACUCUGAGUCAGACUCAGAAGAUAGAUUUCUUUCUCUCUGCAAGCCUCCGGGCAUUCCUCAGGCAAAAGAGGAAGUCAAAGAUGGUUUAGAUUCAAAAAGGGUUAAAAGGACGCUGACUCCUGAGGAGCGCAUAAAAAGUCUCCCAGUCUCUCAGUGUCUAGAAUCACUAGCAGAUUUCUUAGACAGCAUGUCCUACAUGGACAUGUUGCUCGACAGGGCUGGCGGUCACAGACGAAUGUCGCCUGUUAGUGUGGUCAUAAAAGACGGGAUGACAGAUGAGUCAGGUGUGGAGACCGGCAAAGGGAGCUUGGAGACAGAAGCUGGCUUGGAGAUCCAGGCGGCGGUGGAGGCUUUGAGCUUCCACAAGUGUCGGGUUUCAGCAGCAGAGGCCUGGCACAAAGCAGGACAGCUAGAAGGGGAGCUGCGCGAAGAGGCUGUAGCAGAGCUCAGCCUCCCAGUGGCUGCUCAUCGGGAAGGUUUCAGCUUCACACAGGACGGCCCAUGUCAACCACAGUUGGUGGAACGGAGACGAGAGGUGAUGGAGAGUCUGAUGCUGAAAGGAGUGUUUGGUGCUCUUGCCAACAGUCCACAAGCUGCUCUGGACUAUUUACCAAUGAUGCGCUGCAUCUGCAGGUCCGAGCAGCUUAAGGAGCAAGGCAAAGUUAAGCGAAGGUUUCUGCACUACCUCAAUGCGAUCCACUUGGGUCUCCAAAAAAGCACUCUACAACUCCUCGCUGAAGAUUUCCCUUAAAACAACUGAGACAACCACAAUGGACUCCACAGUUGCACACACAGGCCUUAAAAAUUCUGGCUCUCAGAUGGACAGGUUUGAAGAUCUAAAUAAAGAAGUCUGUGUUCUCUGAGAUUGUGACUGAUCAGUCCGUCAGAGGUGUGUGAGCACAAAGGACUGUUUCCACAUUCUUACCAACACAGAGGUGACUGAAUAAUAAAGGACAUACAACUAAAUAACCUCAUGUGAGACAUCUUUUGGUGCUUUAAAAACUGUUCCACUUUACAGUUUUAUCUCAUUUUUGUAAUAUUAACCUGUGCUUGAGUGUAUUUUUUGUACAGUAGUGCUUUAUAGGGUUGCUUACCAGUGCUUUUUAUUUUCAAAGUGAUUUUUAUGGAGUAGAAAUUGCUUUUUUUUUGUGCUGAGCCCUUGAAGACCCUUAAGGUGGCAUAUUUUAUGUGUGUGCAGAUUAUAGUUUGUAAGUUAUUUUCUAUGAAUUUAUAUGCAUGACUGGCAGCUUUGGGUGUCCAGAGCCAACAUAUCUUUCUGCACAAGAUACUAUCUUGCAAACACAGAAAUAAAAAAUAUUCCCUCAUGAGACUUCAGGGGUUCUGUACUUUCGCAUCACUUGUAAGAGAUUAACAUGUAAAAUAGAAUUUGCUUCUGGAUUUGUGUAAAUUGAUGCUGAUUUUAUUUUUUUUUUUUUUGGUUCACAGUUAAAUAAACACAGGCAGCUUUUUGGUCAGCUCCAAAGGUUUCUGUCACAUCAACACUGAUUGUUCUUUUUGUUUUUGUUUUUUUUCCUUUCAUGUUUUUAAUUAUGUACACAUUUUUUUGUACAGCGGGGUUUUUGUUGCU